UUCAAGCGUGACGAGUGUUGUAUUUUUCAUCGUAAAUUCGUAAUAUUUAUUUGUUGAACAUCACGAGUAGUUAUUUGUGGUAUUUUGGCGAUUAUGAACAUUGUAUUUUGCUAUAAAUAGGUGUAAAUAAUGCCAGGUUUCUGUUAGGGUGCAAAUGUUCAUCUUUUGUCUCGCCACGCCUGCCGUGUUGAUUUGAAGUGGAGAUGCCUCUGUUUUUAGUUUGCAUGAAACAGGGGUUUAAUUUUAGUUCAGCAACAGAAAAUAAUUGCUCUGUUAGUAUGUUCUGAUUGCGGCUUGUCUUCAUAACUUCUUGUGUUGUUUCUGCCUUAGUUCACAAUGAAACUUAUUCUAAUUUUAUCCCUGGUUGCUUUGGGACUUGCUUACGAUAAAGCAUCUUUCUAUGGAGCAAGCUAUGUGGCGUACCCGUUGCAAGAAGCGAAGGGUGUCACCGACAUCAGCUUUAGAUUUCGAACACACCUGUCUGAUGCUCUACUGUUACUUGCUGCUGGGAAAACUGACUAUUGCAUGAUACGUCUAGAAAGUGGCAGGUUGAAGCUGCACAUCAAUUUGGGAGCUGGUGAGAGUGAGCUGUCGUCACCCAAAGCAAUCUACCUGAAUGACACCCAGUGGCACCACGUUAGCAUCAUCCGGAGGGAAGCCAAUCUUACAAUGAAGGUUGAUGAGAGUACGGUGAAGAAGAGACUACCGGGUAGAUUCUUUGAGUUGAACAUCCAUUUUGGUGUGUUUCUGGGCGGCCAAGGAGAUUUCUCCGAGCUGUUCCUUGGUCACAUGGAGAAUUUCCGAGGAUGCAUGGAAGAUGUAUUCUACAACGGCGUGAAGAUUAUAGAGAAGGCGCGCAGUCGCAGUGGCUCAGUUCACGUGGAGGGCGUGACGUGGAACUGUGCGCCGGAGUUCGACGCCGACCUCUCUUCAGACAUCAGCUUCGUCGACGAGUCCGCCUACCUCAUUCUUCCUAAGAUCAACUCCAGAGCUGGCAGCAGAUGGCAAAUAGAAUUCAAGACUAUAACUCAGAACUCCGUGAUCCUGUACAACCCUGGUGGGGGUCGAGGGUCUGACUACCUGGCGGUGGAGAUCCUUGAUGGCGUGGUCCGGGUGAAGAUGGCGCGCGGCCAGAUAGUUCACACGGUCCGUGUCAACGACGGACAGUGGCACAAGAUGCACUUACUCUUCAACCCUUCACUCAUUGAGCUGUCUGUGGACAACAUUGCCAUGAGCACGCGCAUAGAGAGUGGCAGCUCGCGGUUCCUGGAUCUCUCCGACUCCUUCUACCUUGGGGGCAUCGAGACUGAAAAGCGACAGAGGGCCUUCGCUAAGGGCAUUAAGGCGGCGGACUCCAGCAUCAUGGGCUGCAUAAGACCGAUAGAGGUUGACGAGAAGAUGUUCGGGCUGCCCAACGCGGUGGUGACGUAUGGCGUGAGUCCGAAGUGCGUGUGGUGGUACCCAUGCCACGCGAGCCCUGGCAACCCGCCGUGCGUGGCGCAUGCGCGGUGCGAGCAACAUGGCGUCGACCACUUCACUUGCAAGUGUGACUCGGAACUGUGCAUCAAUCCUGACUAUGCUGAGAAGUAUAAGGUAUUCUCAAAAUCGAGUAGCGAGUUGGAGCUCGUGGCGCUGUAUCCCCUGACAGUGCAGGAGGGCGGUGUGGCAGUAAUCACGACUCAGAACAUCGACGUGGUGUUGGACCAUCACAAGUAUGGUGUGAGGCCCUCGGGGGUCCUGCUGCACGUGGCCCAGUCCCCCCAAUACGGCCGCAUAGCCAUAGACCUCUCGCUGCAGAGAAACACCCCACAAUACACCACUUACACGGAAGGAGAGAAAGCUAAGCAGAUCUUCACUCUCAUGGAUUUGUCUAGAGAUAAGGUGCGGUAUGUACACGACGGUUCAGAGAACCACCAGGACGCGAUAGUGCUCGACAUGGAACUGAUCCCGGAGACCAAGUUCACGCUGCCUAGCUACUUGCAGGGUAGAAACACGUUCGUCCUCCACGUCAAUGUUACUCCGGUCAAUGACCCGCCCGUUCUCAACCUACUGCCCGGAAAAGUCCUGAGGCUUACUCAGGGUACGAGGAAAGUGAUCACUUCAGACAUACUCAAGGCAGAAGACCCCGACACGCCGCCAGAGGAUCUCCUCUACACUGUCUUGCACGGCAAGAACGAAGCUAACAGCGGGCACAUAGAGAUGUCAGGACAGCCGGUGGACUCUUUCACGCAGCAGGACGUGGACUUGGGAGUAAUAUCGUACGUUCACGGCUCGUCGGGCGACAAGCAGCUCAACAAGACCUCUAUCCGUCUCACUCUGCAGGUGUCAGACGGCAUAGAAACGAGCGGACCGGGGGUGCUCCGCAUCUCAGUGGUGCCGCUGCAGGUGCGGCUGGUGAACAACACAGGGCUCCAACUCGUGCACAACUCUUACGCCAUCAUCUCCGCCGAUAACCUCACCUUCACCACUAACGCUGACGAGACUAACGUGCAAGUCAAAUACGACAUAGUGAAACCGCCGCAGUUCGGCGUGGUGGAGCGACUGAGGGUGUUGGACGGUACCUGGCAGACUGUGGACAGCUUCACCACCGAAAUGGUGAACUUCGGACGCGUGCGGUACAUGCACUUGCUGGGCAGUCCUUCCCAUGAUGAGUUUAAGUUCAAAGCAUCCGUCGGCACUAUACGAACGAACACGCUCUACGAUUUUCGACUGACUUUUAUCAGACUCGAGCUGUAUCAGUCUGUCAACGAAGAACUAGUCCUGAACAAUACGAGGGAGGCGUUCAUAUCAUCACAACACUUGCGGUUCAAGACGAAGCCCAUCGCUUUACCGAACGACAGGAUCCAAUAUACGAUAAUAAGACCCCCUAAGUACGGGAUACUUCACCUAUCGUCUGGUAAACAUCAUUUGCAGACUCACAACACGUUCACCCAGCACCACAUAGAGACCGAUCAGCUCUGGUAUCGGUUACACAGGCGAGCAUACUCACACAUACAAGACGAGUUCUCGUUUGUAGUAGGGGCCACAGAGUGCGAGAACAUUACUGGAGUGAUGACCAUACGACACACGCCCGGGUCGUCGACCUCUGAUUACUCGCCAGGCAGGGUGCAUACAACACUAGAGCGGCUACAGGUCAUGGAAGGAGCAAGAAUGGCCAUACCAGCUACCCACCUCAACUUCAGAACUGACGCUGUAUCCAACUUAGUCUUCAACAUAACGCAUCUGCCCAAACACGGAAAAAUAGAAGUUAUAAACGAUAACCUUAAAAUUGUCAGAGACAAUACAACUUACUUUACUCUACAAGAAUUGAAUUCCGACAGAGUUUACUACGCACACGACGACUCUGAGAGUCGCCACGACUCGUUCCAUUUUAUGGCGUUGAGCCCUGAACCGGAAGAUUUUCAGUACGUCGGAGUGUUUCAUAUAGAUAUUAUAUUAAAGAAUGACAAUAGUCCCGUUCGGGCUAAUGAUAACGUGUUUCAUAUUGUGCACGGAGGAGCAAGGCUGAUAACAGCCAGGGACCUUAGUUACACUGAUGCUGACCUGGAUACGAAACCAUCAGACAUUAUCUACACAGUGCAAAGGUACACGAAGGAUCCUCCAAACGGGGGGAUAUUCAGAGCUGACAAUCCAUCGGAGCAGAUAGCGCAGUUCUCUCAAGACGACAUCAACAAAAACUUGGUGUUAUUCAAGCAUCAGGGGAAGGAGUACGGCAAGAUGGCGUUCUGGAUAUCCGACGGGAUGUUCGAUGUGAAUGGCAACCUGGAGAUCCAAGCGUCGCCACCGUUUAUACGGAUGUAUCCUACAAACGGAUCUAUUGUUGAAAACGGGAAAGCUGUACUUAUUACAACGAGAGAUAUGCAGGUGGAUACGAACAUGAACUGCCUCGAAGAAGACAUUAGGUAUGAGGUCACACAGGAACCUAAGCACGGUGCGAUUGAGGUGGGGGAGGGCCAAGGGGCGUACACGUUUACCCAGCUGGACAUUGCGGCGGCGCGCGUGGCGUAUCGACAUAGAGAGCCUAAGACACCUAUCGACCAGUUUAGGUUUAAAGUGGUGUGUCUAGAUACAUGGGGCGAGGGUGUAUAUCCGAUCAAGAUAUUCCCGUCCAGUUAUUGGGAGCCGCUCCGGGUGACCACAAACCGACCUCUAAUCGUGGAGGAAUCCACGAGUGUUAACAUUACGAAGGAAGUCUUAGAGGUAAUGCACCCUCAAAUUGAGCCGUCGAACAUCGUGUACCAAGUGACUGAGGCGGCGAUGCACGGGUGGUUGGAGAUAUCCGCCACUCCUGGAACUGUCGAGCUGGAGAACUACAACGAAGAACCAGUACACACCAAGGUGUUCGACCAGUCCAUCAUCAAUGCGAACCGCCUCCUCUACGUACAAUCGGGAGUCAACCGGACCAGAGACCGGAUCAAAAUGGACGUUACAAAUGGAAUAGUGUGGUUAAGGGACGUUGAACUGACAAUCAUAAUAAUUCCUGAGCAUUUCUACGUGGUGGCGUCCAACUUAACCGUGGUGGAAGGAGAAGCUGUCAGCAUCAAACCGGAAUUGUUCCGGACCGUUACGGAGUACUACAGAGGGAAGGUUGUCAUGUACAAGGUGGUCGAGAAACCCAAGUUUGGAAAGAUAGUCAUGGCGGACCAGGAACUAGGCGUGCUGCCAGUACUCAAGCUCAAUUCGGGGAAUAUUCAGUACGUACACGACGGUUCAGAGGAGACGUCGGACCUGUUCCGAGUGGUGGCAAUAACCGAGAGUGGUAAGGAGAGUGAGCCGCUGUCCGUUGGCGUGAACAUAGUGGCUGUGAACGACGAGCCUCCGAUAGUGGCUGCGAACACCGGCCUGUGUGUCUGGGAGGGCGGCAGCUUCACCUUCACUAGGAAUGAACUAUAUGUAAACGACAUAGACACUCCCCUGGAGAACGUAACGAUCCGCGUCGUAGACAUAGUGUCGGGGUACAUAGCAAUGAAGGGAGAUGUCGAUACUCCCGUCAACCACUUCACUCAGGCCGAUAUCGACCACGGCAGAGUCCUGUUUGUGCAUAGAAAUGGCAGCAAAGGUAAAAUGAUAUUCAACGUCACAGAUGGGCUACACGAGCUGUCCAAAAUUACAUUCCUGAUCUCUACCAAAUCUGUAUCUUUAAAAGUAAUACGAAAGCACAAUCUUCGCGUGUUUCCCCUAAUGAGAGAACCUUUGAACAAUUAUUUAUUGAUGUCGAAGUGCUCUGACGCUACUAGAACUAUUGUUUACAAGGUGGACAGAGCCCCAACGUUAGGUCGUCUUAUAAUGGCCACAAACGACAACCACCACAGAACAGUGAAGCAGUUCACACAGCAGGAUGUUAACGACACCCUAGUAUACUACGAACACACGCACCCCUUUUCCGAUCUUUACACCAACGACUCGUUCGUCUUCUCAGUAGAAGCGGCACUCGCGAAACCCCUCACUGACCAGAUAUUUAGUAUUGACAUAUCUGUAUCCUCGGGCGGUCUAGCCAAAUUUGUCUACAUACCGCAGAUAAAAGUGCAAGAAGGUGAUAAAGUCCCAAUAAAAGUCAAUGUUACCAACGUGAUCUCGUAUCUAGAGAUGCAGGCGGGACUGAGGCAGCCCCAAAUCGAGGCCCAGUGGUCUCAGCCCACUCACGGUGAGCUUAAACCAUACACCACCUCGUUGACCCAGUCGCAACUAGAGAGUGGAGUGGUAAACUACGAACACGACGGCUCCGACACUUUGCAAGAUAAAAUCGACAUGGCGAUAUACCUGUUGCCUGAUUACGUACUGCUUUGUAACGUUACAAUACCAAUUUAUGUUAUACCUGUUAAUGACCAGCCGUUUAGAUUGUUAACGGACGCGCCUCAGAUACAAGUAGUGCAGGGGGAGAACUACACGUUGACGAGGAAUGAUUUGUUGACCGAGGACGCGGACACGGGCCCGUCGGGCAUACUGUACGAUAUCAUCAGUGGACCCACACAAGGCAGAAUAGUCAUGCUCGAUAAGAACCAGACUAUAGACGAAGCUCAGUCGAUAAACAAGUUCACUCAAGAAGAUAUAAACAAUGGCAAAAUUAUAUACGAACACACAGGAAUGUUACAGACGGCCACGUUUUACUUUAGAGUGUGGGACGGACAGUUCAAGCCGACCUAUACAGUUUUCACGAUUGACGUCAUUCCGGUGGUGAUCAACGCGACGUCGUUGCAACCUAUCAACUUGCAACAAGGAGUGAACCUCGCUAAGAUAACCACGGAUCAAAUAUACGUUGAAACGAAUGCGAAGAAGUCCAAGGUCUGGUACAACGUGACGAGACACCCUACGCACGGCGUGAUCUACGUAGCAGACGUAGAUCGUGACAGGAACCUUCCUGUUACCACCUUCUCCCAUAAAGACUUGGUGGACAAGAUGGUCAGAUACGUGCAGAACGAUAUGUCUGCCGCUAACGACAGUUUUGACCUGAUAGCGUACGUGCACAACAGCAACGCCACCCGUCCUUUCACUAUUGAGGUCAAUGUGCAACCUUUGAUGGUGCUUGAAGACCUGAGGGUCGAGUCAGAGAAAACUAAGAUCACGCUGAGCGUAAUGGACGCCACUGGACUCGCUACGUUGUCUGCAAGCGAUCCAGUAUACACGAUUAUUCGCAAACCUACUUACGGAACGAUAAAGAAGAUAAUCAGAAGUUCUGGUGAGAAGACGAGUGCACGAGAGAGAGAAAUAGCGUAUUUCACACACGAAGAUGUGAAAGCUGGGGUGAUUUAUUUCGUAGUAAAUAAGAAAUUGAUAAACUUGAAUGGAUUAGAAGAUAGGUUUAGGUUUCUGUUGUCGGCGUCGAUAUACCAGCCGGCGUUAGGGGAGGUGAAGGUUAUCAUAGGAAGCAGGAACAAGAAGAACCUUCCGGGACCGAAUGACCCUGAGAGCCAUGAAGGAGUGCCGGUGGCGAACGGCGAAACGGCUUCGUAUUACAUGAUGAUUCUGAUGGCGUUGUCCGGGACGGUUCUGGCGAUCGUGGUUAUCUUCGGGCUGCUCAAGUGUCGACGCUACCUGAUGCGGGACCAGAAUGCGCUGGCCAAGAUACACGGGCAGACGCAGGGCGUAGCGCCCAUCCCGCUUCCACGCCCUCCAGAUCACCUCAUGCCAUCGCCAGCGCAAGGCACGCCGCCAAUCAAACGGUACGUGUCAUCCGAUCAAUCUGUGCACACGGGCGCGAGUACCCCACUGCCGUCGGGUGGCAGUGUCGCGUGCAAGGUGACGCCUCUCGACGCCACGCUGCCCGACCUCAACGCGAGGUACCCCUACGGCGCCGAUGACCAUACUGACGCGGAAGACUGGAGCAGCUACGAGGCUUCGGAGUCGGCGUACCCGGUGCGCGCGGGCGCCGCCCCCAACCCCAUGCUACGACGCAACCAGUACUGGGUCUGACCCUCGUACUCCGCCACACUGCCCAGGGCUCCUAGGCCAGUGAUCCUUGCGGCUCCCGAGGACAAGUGCGUGACGCUGCAUCGGCGGCUGAAGCGGCGCGGCGUGGACCUAGUUCCUACCCCGUUCCUACUGAGCAACUACAGGGUCCCCCCUCAGCUCGCCAGUUGUGAAUUUACACUGUAAGCAAUAACCUAUUACUAACAAUUGGCCAACUUCAAGCUCCUAACACUCGAAGACGAGGAGUCAGAUGCGCUGCGUGUGACGCUGGGGCAGUCCACUGCCAUGUCCGUCUCUGUCUGUCCUGCGCAUGGAUAACUCAUGGUUUCUCUUUCCCUCCCCUGCUCGUCUGUUGCCCCUAAGGCGAGGUACGGCGCUUGCGGUCGGGCUACUAACACCCGUACUCUAAGAUGUUAAUUCCAACCUUCCUCGACGCCGUCCCCAGUUGAGACGACCUUAAGGAACUUCGAACACAGCUCAUAAUCGGUAUUGUUAGAUGUCCCCUCAACCCUAUAUCGAGUUUACUCCAGUUAAGCAUGAUCAUUAUUUUCCUAUUAUUUUGUUGGCAGUAUAAUGCUCGACUCCAGUGAGUAAAGUCCUUAAGUCAGGACGUAAACAAAAUCCUUAGCUGAGGCCGAGCGAGUGCUUAGCGAUUCAAAGGACGUAAAUUUUAUUAUUUAAAAUUAAGUGAAUUAUAUACAAAUACAAAAAUAUUUAUUUGUGAAUGUUGCGUGUUACAAGAUAUUACAGUGUUGUCAUCGGUCUCAGCACAUUCAGCCAAGAAUUGGCAUAAAAAAUUACGUACUGACUAAUGUAUUUAAUUACUAGUACUUGUCACAUAUAUAAAAAAAUAUUGAAACUGUAAGUAAAUCUUUUACUAAAAGUUUAAAAUUUCCUUGCGAAGUAUAAAAUAUAAAAUAUUGGUCGUGGGUAAUUUAUUUAUUACGAAAUGGCAAUACAGGGCGGGAUGACGUCAGCUGGGCGAACCUUGAAAUGUUAGCUGUCACUUUUGAGCAUACCUAGUUUUCUUAUACCAUGGUGCACACCAGCGGCCUCCUGUCAAUGUCAUUAAUUAAGUAUUGUGUUUAAGGAAUUCUUGAACUUGGCCAUUGAUUUAUAUUCUUCAAUUAAUAAGAUGUAAAAAAGUACCGGUUAAGUCUUCGGUCAGGUAGAGAUAGAAUGUUGUUUUGUUCUACAUGAGGGCAACAUGGUCUUCUAACAUAACCAAUGUCAAUACAUACAUAAACUCACGCCUAUUUCGAACUGGGGUCAGCAGAGACUACGGAAUAUGACACCAAUGGACAAUGGAACUAAUGUGAGGUUACGAAAUAAUUCUGAACGAAGUGUUCCUGUGCAGAUUAAUCAAUAUUUUUAAUAAAAUUCAUUACGAAGAUUAAUUGCAUACAUAAACCAUUAUUUAAAUUAUAGGCAUGUUUCUCUUUAAUAAGCCCUGAACAUAGACUAAAUCUCUAAAUUUUUGCGUCAUAUUAGUAGACAGGGUUCGCCUUGGGAUUUGACAUACGAGACAACAUUUCUUGCUAGGCAAGCACCCCUCAAGCCCAGUGCAUACAGAGGCGGUAAGAGUUGUGGGCUGGGAAGCGGGACUUUGUAUGAAACUGCUUCCAGUCGGGGUGUAUUUCUGUGUCAACAAACCCGAAUAUUAAAAAAAACCCGGACCGAAACUCUCCUAGUACAGCCUCACUGUGCAUUGAGCUUUAAUUGGUACUACGGAAUCCAUUUAAAAAUAAUAAGAUUAUUGAUAACUUGUGCCAUACUGGUGCUGAUUCCUGCAGAGACCUCCUAAUUUUAAGUUAUACUUGCCAUUUUCUUAUCCGGUGAGAUGGAAAGGGACGAGUAAUCGAUAUGCUAAAAUGUAUGUAACACACGUCAAUUUUACGCGGAAGGCUUAAACAAGUCUUAAACAAAUGAAGUUGACAGACCAGCGAGAAGCCUAUUUGAUUUGUCCGGGUAAUAACCGCUCGUAUAAUUUAACAUUACUAGGUGUUCCUUUCCGUUUCAGCAGAGAAGAGAAUGACAGGUAUAACUUAAAAUAAAAUUAGGAGGUGUCUGCGGGAAUCUGCACCAUUGUAACUCUUAAAUUUACAUAAAGUAAGUGUAAAAAAAUCAGUUAUAGAAUGUCGCUAAUAGAAUAGUUAGAACAACUGGUACAAAACUGUUUGAUUCACACGUCUUCCGAACAAUACAUACAAUAGUCUCUUAGAAAACCCCAAUUUAAACCCAAGGCGUUAGAAAAUACGAUGUGUAAGUUAAAAUAAAAUAAAGGCGCACCACACACCAAAUAUCAGUUUGAGCAGUCGCGUUUGGAUGGCCUCGACGUGAAGCGUCGAGUCCGGAAAACUCUUCCUCUCUCCUACAACUUUACUUUCACCUAACGGCCCUUGAUGUCUUGACGCCAAGCGCGAUGAAUUGAAAGCCCUACCUGAGACUACGAGUGACGAUCUUUUCCAACAAGUUUCCGACUAGCCAAAUCAGUUACUUUUUACUAAACGUCAACACACGAAAUUUCUAUGGAAUUUGUAUGAAAAAGCAACCUGUGACGUCAUAGACAAACGUCGCACUUAUUAUUACAGUUUUGAUUAUUAAAAUUCAUAAAUAACAUAAAAAGAAAAAUGGGACGUUUUUGUCACCUUUAGAUGUGUCUUUUGUAUAUAUAGUAAAUUAGAAUUUCAUGAUUUGUCUUUGACCAAGGCAACUAUCCAAUUAAAUGUAUAGAAAUACACGGUUCGGAUGCUUUUUAGAAAACCUACCAAAUUCAAAUUCAAAAAUAUCUAUAUUCAGUAGGUAACAUAGUUACACUUUGAAUCGACAUUUUUUACAUAACGAACGUCUCAUCCGCCUAAAACUACUGUAGCUUCUCACAACCUGUAUAGCGGGGGAAAAGAAGCUUAGAUAAAUUCGUAGCGAAUGAGAGUGCCUAUGUGUGAUGGACAUUGGACACCAUUUCUGCCGCAUCCGUCACACAAUGCAGCUCGGCUGUGCCACCUGGGAACCGGUGUAGAGGGCACUCGUUCACUAUGUGAGAUAGGGUUUGAUCCGGGUGACCACAUUCACAGUAUGCAUUGUGCUGCAUUGUGUGACGGAUGCGGCAGAGACUUGGUUAAGGGAGCUUAAGCUGGAUAUAUGAUCCACGCAGGAUAUUUUAUUUUUGUUUCUGGAGGUAUCUUGCUGGAGGUGGAGGCCUGGAGUCCUAAAACACAGGGUAUCCUAGUUUAGGCUCCAGCCUCUACAAAUAUUGUAUCUUUGUAUGUAUUUAUGUAUCCAUGUGUUUUUGUAGAGGAAAUAAAGAUUUUACUUACUUGUUUGCCAUACGCAAUAAUAAUAAUAGACGCCAUUUGUAAUUUUGGUAUGUGGUGCGUCUAACGAGUAGGUGUAAUCGUAAUACCUCGGCCAUUACUAUAGACUGGUAUGUAAUAAAAUAAUACGUUUUAAUUAGGCUCAUCUCUUACGACUGCAUUUUUUGAGUAUAUUUUAAGUAGUAUUCAGUAGAUUAAAAAUAGAGGAAUUUUAUUGUUUUUUAAAAACUACGAAAGGGUUUGGAAGCGGCUUCUUAAAACUAUUUAAUUUGUCAAUCUAAAUCGCGAUCGAAUGAAAAGUUAUGAUGGUUUAAAAUGUGUUAGUUUAAAAAACAUGAAUCUGUUGCGUCUUGUUUGUAUGAUAAAACCGCAACAGUAUCCGUACAAUCAUGAGCAAUAUCAUGUACCUACUUUACAACCCUGUCGCACUAUCAUAUUUGACAUUUAAUGAGACUUACGGUUCAAUUUGUCAAAAAAGUUAAUGUGACAUGGUUUCAAAGUGUAUACAUAUUAGUACUCGUGACCGUACACCCAUCACAUGAUGAACUGAUUACCCACGCUUCACCUGAGUAUCGCAAAAUGAACGUCAUAAAAGAAAGGUUCCGUCACGGUUUGACAUAUGGGUUUUGGGCGACGUCGUUAAUUGAUACAUUCAUCCGAUCGCUGUACAAAAAACCUACUCUAUACAGGGUGUUAGUGACAUCGUAACGAAUAUUGAGGGCUAAGAUUGAUUUAACUCAUGGUUCUGAGUUCAAUAGUAUGGAAUUGAAUACAAAUUUAAAAAAAAAAACUAUGAAUUUGCGACGGAAAAAUCCACUUGGCAUUAACACAGAAUCAUGAGCUAAAUCAUCCCCCAUUCGGUACGUUGUCACUAACACCCUGUAUCACAAUGCGAUACUGUCAACCAAUGUUCAUGCCUCGUUUAUACAUAGCGGAAAACAGUCUACAUAUUAAAUAUGUUACGUAUGUUGUCCUAUUACUUUAGUUUAAAAGUUUAAUAGAUAUACACUUGCUGGAUGCAUUUCAGAUGAAUAAAUAAUUAAUAUUAAAAAAAAAAACAUUAGGUUGUCUAAUCAUGCAGUUUUAUACAUAGGUUUAGCUUGACUUAACUAUAUUUUUACGUUAAAUAUAUUCACCUAACUAUUGUUAUAGAAGAUUAAUUUACCGUACUAGGUUCUAAUAUAGACAAUAUUUGUCAUUGGUUCGUGCCAAAGCAACGUUAUGUUAUCAGUACUUAUUAUACUGUUUAAUAGACUAAUAUUUUAUUAUUACUUUCAAAAUAUAGCUUAAAUUACACUAAUUUAAUCGUUGAGUGCUUUCCACACAAAUAAAUUAAAGAAAUAAUAGAUUUAAAAAAAGCAGAUAUUUAAAUUUGUGUUGUGCAACCUUUUUUAUACUAAGAUUGUUAAAUGUUAACAUAAGUAGUUACAAUUGUGCCAAAGUAUUAUUCCAAAGCCAAGCAAGAGGGGAUGUACCAGUGUGUUUAUAUUACAAACGUGUAAAUAUUGCAAAAGUGCCGAUGUUGCAAAAGUGCCGAUGUUGCAAAAGUGCCGAUAUUGCAAAAGUGCCAAUAUUGCAAAAGUGCCGAUAUUGCAAAAGUGCCGAUAUUGCAAAAGUGCCAAUAUUGCAAAAGUGCCAAUUUUGCAAAAGUGCCAAUAUUGCCAGAGCCAAUUACCGUCAUAGCACAUUCGCAUCCCUGCUCAGUACAUUAAAGUGCCUAGUUUAGAACAGUGAUGUUAAGGUUUAUAACGAGUUUCAUAGGGUGUCUUAAGAUAGGUAUCAUAGUGUUUAUGGAUUUACAAAUUUCGUAUUUAGUUGUUUGUUCGUACUGUAUACUUUAGGCUUCGUUAAUAGUAGAUUUCUAUGUAGAAUGUUCCGUUCCCUAAAAUAAUUUCAAGUACUUAUAAGUAAUCCGGUUGAUUGAGGGGAGGCCUGUGCCCAGCAGUGGGACGUAUAUAGGCAGUUUAUGUUAUGUACUUAUAAGUAACACAAAAGUACCUAAUUAAAGUUCUCUAUGUUUUGGGAAUGUAAACUAACGGAAAUUCUUUCAUCGAUGCGUGAUUGAUGCUUAUGUUCUGUACCAAUCCAAUUACUUGUAAGUUGAUUUAUUAAUCUUGAGUUUUUCGCAACUCGACUUAUGUUGGAAUUGUACGUACAACCCAACUCGUACUCAACUCGCUUGUGCUUUGAAGUUAUCUAAAGAAAGUCAAUUACAUUUAAACAUUUCUUCUGUACAAUGUCCAAGAGCACAAUUAUGCCGAGUAUUCGAUUAUUGUUUUUUCACUGAAAUGUAAAUAUACGAUUUUAAAUAAAUUAAUGUUUUCAAAGAUGCGGCAUUAUUCACCGAGCUAUCCGGUAGUUGUGGGUUUAAAAAUACAAAAAAUCUCUUAAUUUUAAUGCCUCCUUGUGUUUGAGAUAUUGGCCUAGGCGAUACGACCUUAUACAUAAAACCCGCAUAACUCUGCAUCGUUACAAUAGAUACUAAUAGACGACAUAGGACUAUAACAUAGUAUGUAACGUGCCUGCAAACAUACUAAACAAUAGGGAGCUUUAAAAAUAUAAUAAAAUAGGCGAUAAACAGGUGUUAAAAUAGUUUUUUAGUUUUUCAUUCACAUUUAGGUGUCAACCCCCGCGGCAUGGUGUACGUUGUUGACGUAGACGCGACACAUAUCGCAGGCUACAUAGACGGCAUACGCUGCGUGUACUAUACUGGUUGCAGCUCGCGAUUUUUGUCGCGUCUACUUAGAUAGCAUGCCCUUAGGUUUAGAUAAGAAAAUGUUUAUAAUAAUUAAAUAUACUUUUUGUAACAACAAAGGUAUUUAUAAUGUUGUGUCAGUAUAAAUAAUGCCAAAUUAUCGUUUGUGUGACUUGCAAGUUUGUUGAUUAUAAAAUUAAGUUCGAAUGUGCCAUUCAUAAUAUUUUAAUGUGAAAAUAUUUAGUUUGUUCGCGAGUGACCAUGUCUCAGGAAUGUGUAUUAAGUUAUAAAAAUUAAAUGGUUAAUGGAUUUUUUAAAUAAAUGACUAAACCGAC